CGGCCACCUGCGGCCCCCAGUCGCGCAUGCCACACGCUGCCGCACCCAGUUUCCGAGCGGCGUGCGCCAUUUUAGGUUAUUAUCACAAAUUCUUUUUACCGCGAGUCUGCAAUAAUAUGGAAUGGACGAACGAAAAAUUACUAAACUUCAUCAACGACUACAGAAAAUGCAAAGUACUAUGGGAUAUAAGGAACCCCAACUAUAAACACAACAGCAAGAAACGUAAAAUCCUUAUCGCUUUCGGACAGAAGUACGGUAUGGAUGAGGGCAGUGUAAGGAAGAAAAUAAAGAAUUUACGGAGCGCGUUUCACAGGGAACACCAUCGAUUGACGAGUAAGAUGAAGGAUGAUCAUGAAAGCGAUGACGUUAGAAAAUGGUUUGCGUAUGACGCCUUGAAGUUUAUACUACAUGUAACGGGACCUUACAUGUCUAAAAGAGAAGAACUAUCAAACUCUGCAGAAGAAUCAUUUCAAGAAGAAGAUUACGAAAACGAUCAGGAACCUUUUGAUAUAAGCACUCAAUACAUUCAACUAAUGGACGAAUCACCAGAAAGAGCUAAGAGUCCAGACAAACAAAAGUACCAAAACUCUUUAAUAACAAGUAACGAGGAAGAUGAAUACGAUCUUUUUGGCCGCUCUAUGACCAUGCAGUUGAGAAAAAUGCCAGAACUAGUAGCGUUAGACUUGAUGCAGAAAAUGCAACUCAUGGUGUUUAACGCGAAAAAACAGCUAAACAAAGCGAAGAACAAGACAAAAGUGAAAAUACCUCAGCCGGUGUCGCACAGUGUCCCGUCUACAAGCAAGAGAAUUCGUUCACCGUCCCCUAUGUCACAUAAGUCGUCCCCUCGGUCGUCACCCAUGUACAAGUUUCAAACUGUUAGCCCUGAUGAUACUUGUGUGGAAGACAAUACCGAUAAAGAUUUCUACGAGUAUAUGAUCACUGUAGAAGAUGAUAAACAGGAUAUUGAAGGAAUAAAUAAAAAUGCAAGCUGCAACGAUUUGAAGAAACAGUUGAAAAGGAAAAGCUUUAAGUCGAUUGAUCCCCUAGAAGUAAAACGUAUUAAACAUUAAUAAAAUUUUGAGCAUUAUAUGAAUCAUGUUCUUUGACCUGUUACAGUUAAAUACUACAUCACUAUAGGUCAUCAUCAUAUAUUUAAGAGUAAGACUUGUCGGUGGAGCAAUUACCAUGUUUGGCGGUCCCCUGCCUUCUCUUUGACAGCCUGAUACGACACGACGUUGAGUUUUUCCUCUAUUUGUUGCAUGUAUGCUCCCUCGGUCUUCCCUUCUUCCACGGAUCAGUUGCACCAAGUUGCACAGAAAAGAAAACCAACGAAGAGGUUUUACGUAUAGUAGGAGAGAAGAAGAGUUUGUUAAGAACUAUAGAUAAUAAAGAGGAAAGAUGCUUGGGCACCUGAUACGACACGACGAAUUUAUCAAAAACAUCAUAGAAAGGAAAGUUGAAUCACUAUAAGUACGAA